UGCUCAACGACAACGUGCAUUAGUUCUGAGUAUUCAUUUAUGGUGAAGAAAACAUUGAUUAAAUGACAUUAAGCACGGAUAAUACUUUAAUACAAAGGAUAAAAAUUGUGAUUUAAAGCGCCACAGCAGCGGACAGACUUCUGUAAAUGACCAAUAGAUGGCAGAAUCGCGCGGUCCGUCCGACAACUGAAGGAAGAAGAAGCGCAGACAGCGAAAGGAAACCCGGAAGUGUGUGCCAUUCGUUUCUACUCGUUUUUUUAAAAAAAUAUCUAUUUAGAAUAGGAGGGAAUUUUUUUCCUUGUUGUGUAGAAUAAUGAAAUUCACUCCACUUUUUCAGAUUUGGGAAUACAGCCAUUGGGUGAAUUAUUUCGAUUAACCCUGUGGAUGUGGCCUUGUAUCUGCUGUCCAGCUCAUCAUGUCAGCGUGAGGUCCACUCUCUGAGGUAGAGCAGAAUGCAGACUUCUGGACACCGGUUGCGGGAUGUGGAGCAGCACCACCCCCUGCUGUCCAGCGGGGAGGAGGAGGUGACCGUGGGCCGGGUCUGGUUCAUCCAGGACGGCUGUGGAAUGGUGUGCGCCUCCAUGACCUGGUUUCUAGUGAUGUACGCAGAAUUCGUGGUGAACUUCGUCAUGCUUCUGCCCUCCAAAAGCUUCUGGUACUCGCUCAUCAACGGCGUGGUGUUUAACUUCUUGGCCGUGCUGGCGCUGGCCUCGCACCUGCGCACCAUGCUGACUGAUCCGGGAGCUGUUCCAAAGGGAAAUGCCACUAAGGAGUACAUGGACAGCCUCCAGCUGAAACCAGGGGAAGUCAUUUACAAGUGCCCUAAAUGCUGCAGCAUCAAACCAGAGAGAGCUCAUCACUGCAGCAUCUGCAAGAGAUGCAUCAGGAAAAUGGAUCAUCACUGUCCCUGGGUGAACAACUGCGUUGGAGAGAACAACCAGCGAUACUUCGUGCUGUUCACCAUGUACAUCGCGACAAUCUCUCUACAUGCUCUCUGCCUCAGCGGGUUCCACUUCUUCACCUGCGUCAAAGUUCAGUGGAACGAGUGUAGUGAUUUUUCCCCUCCGGUGGCUGUCAUGCUCCUCAUUUUCCUGUGUCUGGAGGCUCUCCUCUUCCUCACCUUCACCGCCGUCAUGUUCGGCACCCAGAUUCACUCCAUCUGCAAUGACGAGACGGAAAUCGAGAGGCUGAAGAAUGAGAAGCCGACGUGGGAGCGGCGAGUGCGCUGGGACGGGAUGAAGGCAGUGUUCGGAAGCCCGCCGUCUCUUCUGUGGUUCAACCCUUUCGCUGGACUGAGACUGCGCCGCCUCCUGAUGGUCCACGCUCGGAAGGGCGGCUCCGAGUUCGCCGUCUGAGCCGAGGAAGCUCACGUUUCUCCGCACGUCAGCGUGCCUGUUAAGACCCCACGCGUAGUGGACGCACGGCACGAUGACGCAGGUACGGGGACUCGGGGAAGAGAAUGUGUAAUAAACCAGAGGCCUGGUGGAGGAGAAGGGCCGAAAUAUGACAAACUACCUGUUAAAACCACUGGACCUCAACCGAAGGAUCAUUUUUACUUUGGCUUCUCUUGGCUGGCUGUUUCUUUUGUUUUUCUGUGAAUAGAUUUUUUUUUUUUUUUUGCUUUUUGUUUUGUUUUUAAGGAUUUUCUGUAUUUUAUUGAAAACAGAACUUUGUGCGGGGGGGAAAAAAAUAAGAACAAUCUGACAUUUAAUUCGAACAGCAUUAGUGUCUGAAUCUUCAAUCACUCAACCCAAACCCGAAUCCGUCCUUCUGGAACCACCUUAUGCAUUAAGAUUUCCUCUCUAAUAAAAUGCUGAAAUGAUAAUUAUUCCUAGACUUAGAAUCACGAAACAUACACGACGGCUUAUUUAACUUCCUAACAUAGUAGAGACGCUGACGAACAUCGUUUACGAUUUUUAUUUCUUUUUACGUUCAUGUAAAUGGCACUGAAUAUUUAGACGAACUAUUUACACUGUUUACCUUCUGUGACGCUACAUCCUGAGAUCAACACUGCAGUCGCUUGCCAUGAAUGUAGAACAGACCGCAUUAGAGAACAUGCCGUAGAGAUGACGCAUGACUUUUUGCACACUCGAGUUUGGUCGGCAGCAGAGGAGGAGACGUUAGACCAGACCCCCGGCGACACUCCGACAAUUUAACCCGCUAAGCAGCUGAAGAAGAACUGUGCUGGAUGUAGUCUUGUGUGUUUUAUAUACAUGUAUAUAUAUAUACGAUGGCUAACGGUCCGACUAAUGAAUCACGUGAUUUAGCAAUACCGUUGCUGCGUCUUCACAAGAGCUUUUUACCUCACCGGUUAAGAUUUCAUCAUGACCAUUCUUUCAUUACUGCAGAUGUUUUAUACAGUAGACGGAGAGUAUUUUGAAUGGUAUUGGAUUCGACGUGGGCCGUAAAGAACCGACUGAAUCUGUGUUUCCGCUCCAAUGAAGUAGUGUAUUGUGUUUAAAAACAAAGGGAAUGGGUUUAUUAAUUAUAGCAGGCUGCCUGUAAAGCUUUCUCUUUCGAUCCACAUGAUGUACGCAGUAUAGAAAGCAUCUAAACGUGUCCUUCUGCCACCAGGAUGUUAGGGUCUUCAGUGCCAUGACAGUCAACAGUAUUAGUUCCUAUUCAUUGCGGACAUGACAUUCUUGAAAUGUGGGGUUUCUCUCUCUCUCUCUCUCUCUCUCUCUCUCUCUCUCGUUUAGACCAAUUCCAGUUCAUAUUUAACUCUACUGAUUCUUCUAUGUAAUCUCCCAGGUCAUUUAAUCCAUCAUGCUGCAUUCAAAGAAAAUCUAAUAUUUAUCCAAAAAAACGCACCUCUAAUGCGUCAGUAUGGUGUCAUUAUUUAUUAGUUUUUAAAGAUUUAUUUUCAUCCAAGUCCAACUGCAUUGAUCUUGAAAGAAAUAUUCCAAAAUGAGCGUCACGUUCAAUGCUAAAAAGCGAAUGAAUUGCACACACAAGUGACUCAGGCAUCGUUCACAAGCUCACCCUUGGACAUCGACAUCUGUAAAGAGAAAAGUCUUAUUAAUAUCUUAUAUCUUAAAAUAUAAUAUAUAUAUUAUAAUCUUAAUAUAUAACUUAUAAUGCUUAAAUAUUUAGCCUGAAUUGCUGAAUUGUUCAGUAAAUGGCGCUGAAUCGAAUCUUUCAGAUUAGUCACUUAUGAAUCAACUACACUGAAUAGGAAUGAAUCGAUUCCUGAAUCGGUUCAGGGCCAUUUAUUUUCAAAUCAGUCACCUACGAAUCAGCUACAGUUAAUGAAUAUGAAUGAAUCGAUUCACGAAUCGAUUCAUCCAUUCAUAUUCGGUGUAAUUGAUUCGAGUCACUUACAAAUCACUUACAAAUCAACUACACUGAAUAUGAAUGAAUCGAUUUACAAGUCGAUUCAUUCAUUCAUGUUCAGUGUAGUUGAUUCAUAAGUGACUGAUUUGAAAGUGAAUGACCCUGAAUUGAAUCUUUCAGCUCAGUCACUUAUGAAUCAACUACACUUAACAGGAAUGAAUUGAUUCAUGAAUCGAUUCAUGAAUCGAUUCACCGCCACUUAGACGUGUAGAUUAAAGCAUCACUUUUAGAUUCUGUUCUCCAUUUAAAAAACAAAAAAAAGCUUAAUAUGUCGAACUGCUGAUAGAAUGUACAGACUUAUACAGAUCCAUAAUUAUUGGCACCCUUUCUGAACGGGUGGAAACAGAACCGUUAUGGUGGUGGUAGUGGGAUGUUGUUAAUCUCACACUGAGAAUAUAAGAGACAUUUUAACCUUUAAUUCAAGUACAGUUAUUCUGUGUGCUUGUGGGUGAAGCGGUAAAACUCCAGACCUCGCAUUCCUCGCUCUUGACUAUUCGUUUCCCGUUAUUUUCAUUGUAUGUAAUUACUGAAUCGUUUACGUCAGUGACUCGGUAAUAAGCCAGGACUUUAAGGGAUCAUAUGAACUAGGAAUAAUCUGCUUUUCUGACUUAUUCAGCUCACUGUAGGAGGAAUAAAACACUAUAAAGGCAUGCUGUAACAGGAACUCAAUCAAUAUUGGGGUUACUUUUUCCUCAAACGCAAACCAGACUGCUUUAUUCUGCUUGUAUCAAGGCAACAUCCCAAAAAUGACUCUCUUGUGUAAACAAGGAAUAUAUUUGAGAGAUAUUUCACAUAACAGGAGUGUGAGCGAGAUUAUGAGCAGUGUCCAUAUUAUUGUUCUCCCUGUUUUAAAAAUCUCAUCCCGUCUACCUGAGGUGUUGCUCGUGGAUAGUCUUUGUCUGUGUAUCCAAAAAAAAGAAAAAAGAAAAAAAAGCUGGGGUUGGGGGGUCAUUACAUUUGACUCCGUUUAACACGAAGACAUCCUGCAGUAGUCUUUAAAAAGAAAGUGCUUUGUGAAAUCCUUAAAAUUUUCUACCCUUGCUGUAUGCUCUAAAAUGAUCGUUUGCUAGAAUACAGGAUGUGUAACAUGCUGUCUGGGUGGGUUUAAGAAAGAGAGGAUGGAUGGAUGGAUGGAUGGAUGGGAGGGAGGGAGGGUGGAAGGAAGGAAGGAAGGCAGGAAGGCGAGUCCACUCCCUGUCCUCGAUCGAGUCAAUACUGUUAAAGGACUUUUAUUAGCAUGUACGUCUCUAAGAAUGUAUCUUGUCGUUUUUAUGACGUUUUCGUUUAAGGAGUAAAAACGGACCAUCUCGUUAACACUAAUAAAACACCUGAAAAGAAUCCUGCCCCGUUUCUGAGAACAUCUGGCGCAGAUGUGUGCUGGAUAGAGCUCCGAGAAACAUCGUGCACCACAGGUACAAGUGUAUUAACCUUCAGUAUCGAAGUCAGAGAUUUUAGAUGCAAAAGGAAUAUUAAAGGUUUAUAUGUAGACAUAUGAUGAUGAUGAAUUUAGAAACCCUGUGACGUAAUCACUAUUCUGUCCGAUGAUGAUGAUGAUGAUGCGGUCAAAGACAAUAUUUAAGACUUAAUUCCUGGAAACUGGAACGCAAACACAGGCUAGAUUAUAUACAGUGUAAAUUUUUUUUUUUUUUUUUCUCAACUGUCAUUAAAUAAUUGUUCUUUCAUAUGUGAAGCUCUUUUGCAUAAUAAAGUUGUUAGGUUCAGAACUA